AGACGACGACAGCGUCAAGUUGUGUGCACUCAAUUCCGGGCGAGAGGUUGAAGGUGAUUGUGGAGGCGUGUUGUGCGGGCGGGAGAGUCGUCGUUUCUUUCUCUUCCCGCCGGUUUAACGACGGAUACAGCGGAGUCGUUGCCUGCAGCGGGUUCUCGAGCUGAAUGUGGUAGGCUGGUACUGGCCAGUUAGCCUUUAUGAACAACCAUAGCUAGACAACAUACAUUUGCGAGGUGAAGGCACUGAAGGGUGAUAGGGCGGCGAAACUUGCGCUGGUGCGGUUGUGGCCCUUGAAGGGUGAUAGGGCGGCGGAACUUGCGCUGGUGCGGUUGUGGCCCUUGAGGGAUCGAGGAUCGAGUGCGUGGGAACUCGUCGCUGACGUGGGGAGGGAGCUGGGAGACGGCGGCGUACGCAGCCGCAGCUGGUAUGGUGGGGGGACUUCAGAACUUGUCGUCAAGGUGAGAGCUGUACAUCGAGGUGCAGGACCGGUUGACCAGGAAGUGGAGAUAAGGAGAGAGAAGAAGAGCGACUCGCCAUCACCAUCGUGAAACUGAGGUCGAUAGGGUAUCAGCUAUUUGGCUAUCCUUGAUUGGUGCCAAGGUUACGCCGUUACGGUGACCUCGAAUCCAGGGCCGCAUCUCAGUUUGCCUGUUCAUCUAAGGAAGAAUUGUCUGUGCAGAUCGAUCUGUAGUCCACGUCCAGAAGAGUGUGUGGGAGUGUACUUAGUCGGUGAUUGUUACGUUGUAAGUAGUCAUCAUGGCUCUGUUCGAGAUCUUUAUAGCGACGAUGUUGUUCUUCCUGAUGAUUGCAAAUCCGAUCGUCUGGUUCCUAGCUGUGUUUUGCGGGCCGCCAAUGGCCUGUCUGGGUUGCUUCAUAAGUCCUAUAAUGCUUGUUGUCGCGCCUUUCUUGGUGCCGCUUCGACUACUGCUUAGCCCAGUCAUAAUAUAGUUUUUGGUGCCGCUUGAUUACUGCUUAGCCCAGUCGUAAUAUAGCUUGAAUUGCCACGCUGCUCGUGUGGGAUGAUCUUGUCGUAUCUACCUGAGAGCCGGAGUCGCCAUGUAUCGUCAAGAUCCAGACUGGUGUGUCGGUCAGCCCACGACCAUCGUUGCUACGUACGAUGGGUUGUGUUCUUUUGGCCCAGGAGUGCAGCCAGGAGUGGCAGUCUACGUCUCCAUAGCGAUUGACUUGCAGAGCUUGACAAAGGCGGGCGCACGGGGCAGCAGAGAAUCAAAAGGGUGGCAGUGGGCAGGAGAGAAUGACAAGGACGCAGGUAGGGUUUGCCCGCAGGAUGAAGAGUGAAGAUGUUUGUAUGACUCUGUAGCUUCCGAUGUUGUCGACCUUUCGCGGGGUUCGAUCAUGGAAUCUCUUUAUUAUGAUUCUUCCUCAUUAUGGGGUCCUCUCUCACGAAUGCGCUGUUUGGGAGAUCAUAUGCUCAUGUAUUUUGUACGAGAGUGACGGGUAAUGAGGGAAAGAUGGUGGUGGCAGGAACAUCCCACCCAGAGCACUGAGAGGAGUGUGCAAAUUUUUUUCGGAGACGGAAAAUAUGUAGUACGUUCAACGUUGCACACUUUGUUCGCGCGCGAAUAGGUGACUUCCAUUUGCGAAGGCAAGUCUGGGUAAUAUGUAUAAUAUAAUAGUGUCUCUUAAGUGGUUCGAUUUGGCGUCAAAUGUCGACAUGGCAGCAGAUGUCGACAUGGCAGAAUGUCGCACUGAGUCACUGCCAGAUGUAGGGAUUUAGCGAGUUGUCCGUGGUAUGUUCAGGUCGAGAAGAGAUUCACUGUCGAGAAGAGGACAUAUCGACAUGUAUAUGGACUUAGCGUGUUGCCAGUGGUAUGUUUAGGUCGAGAAGAGAUUUACUGCCUACAAUUCAACAGAUAUUGACACGUGUAACUACGGCGUUCUGAGGGAACGUAGUUGGCCGGAUUUGUGGCAUCUAUAAGUCGGGUGUCGGUCUCGUUGCCUGUCAUCGGUUGGCAUUGAACCUAUCGUCGGUAUUGUCGGCCACUGCUCAAUUAAUCGUUGGCGACUGAGCGCCACUUGGGUGAAUUUCGUUCGGUCAAUCGUCGCUUGCGUGGCUGUCCAAGGCAUUCUUUUAAAUGUAAACUGUUGGCGGCCAGCGAUUGGUCUGGACGACCAUACGUAUAUCACGGUAUAUGGAAGGACAUGGAAGGACGUAGGACAUGCAUUCUGUUAGGUGUUUAAUUGAGGUCGGUGGGGUGUCGGAGGCGGGUUGUCGGAGACGGGACUGGUGGUGGCGGGCAGUGAUUUGUGUGGAUUAGUGUACGCAUAUGGAAGUACAUGCAUUCUUUUAGGUGUGUAAAGUAAGGCUAAGGUUGGGGUUGUCGGAGUUGUCGGAGUAGUCGGGGACUGGAAAAUAUGUCGUCUUCUGGUCUUACCAACGACUACUGGAAGGAUGUCUUGCUGCAGAAAGUAUCAUUUAAUUGUCUGUAAACAGUCUGCUUGCGUUCCGGCUCUCUCUCAGGUGUGUGGUGAGUCUGGAAAAUUAUGGAAUUGGAUGAUGUGGCUCUUUUGGCCGGUCAGAAAGAUAGGAAAUGAGUGGGAACUUGUUCAAGUUCUCUAGCUUUGUAGUUGGUUAAAAUGGCCAAUGAAACAUUAUGUUUAUCGACUUCGUCGAGUUGAAUAUCCUUCAACUCUUACUGUGAUUGCAAGUGAGCGAAAUCUCUGGCAAAUGGUCGGGAUACAACGGAACAGCGGCUGGGCAGGUAGAUCAUGAUUGUGUGCUAUACCUAGCUUUUGACUGUCGUACCUCAAAGAACGGGCAAUGCCCAUCGCAGGAAGGUGGACGUGAUGGCUGUGCUAUGCGUGUGUGCUUUUCGAAAUCAAAAUGAAGAGUUUCU